ACAAUUUUUAAGCACAGGCCCUAUUUGACUAUAUAAUGUUGUUUUUCAGCUGAUUAUAAAAUUAAAUAAACUAUUAUUGCCGACAAUAGAGUUCAAGAAAAAUUACAUUUUAAUUAGAUUUCAAAGAAAAUUUUUUAAAAAAUGGCUGCCAUAUUAAAAGUUGUUAAUCCGAUUACACGAAGUACUUAUUUAAAGUUUAAUAAUUGGAGCCGUCCUUUUGUUUGUUGUAAGAAACUUAAUCAAACCAUGGAGUAUUCCUCUAAGUCAGGAUCAUCUAAUGCAUAUUCAGUAAUCGAUCAUGAAUAUGAUGCUGUUGUUGUUGGUGCUGGUGGAGCUGGUCUUCGUGCUGCAUUUGGUUUAGUGCAAGAAGGUUUUAAAACAGCAGUUAUAACAAAACUUUUUCCUACAAGAUCUCACACAGUUGCUGCACAGGGAGGAAUAAACGCAGCUUUGGGUAAUAUGGAAGAUGAUGAUUGGAGAUGGCAUAUGUUUGAUACAGUAAAAGGUUCAGAUUGGUUAGGUGAUCAAGAUGCUAUACAUUAUCUUACUAGAGAAGCUCCCGCUGCUGUGAUAGAAUUGGAAAAUUAUGGUAUGCCUUUUAGUAGAACUGAUGAAGGAAAAAUAUAUCAACGAGCAUUUGGAGGUCAAAGUUUAAAAUAUGGUAAAGGUGGUCAAGCACAUAGAACUUGUUGUGUAGCUGAUAGAACUGGCCAUUCAUUAUUACAUACAUUAUAUGGUUAUUCGCUAAAAUUUAAUUGUAAUUAUUUUGUUGAAUACUUUGCUUUGGAUUUAAUUAUGGAAAAUGGAGAAUGUGUUGGAGUUAUUGCUCUAUGUUUGGAAGAUGGUACUAUUCACCGUUUUAGAGCUAAAAAUACUGUUCUUGCUACUGGAGGUUAUGCUAGGGCUUAUUUUUCAUGUACAGCAGCUCAUACAUGUACUGGUGAUGGUCAAGCUUUAGCAUCUAGAGCAGGAAUCCCAAUGCAAGAUAUGGAAUUUGUACAAUUUCAUCCUACAGGAAUUUAUGGUGCUGGUUGUUUAAUGACGGAAGGUUGUCGUGGUGAAGGAGGUUACUUAAUUAAUGGUUUAGGAGAACGAUUUAUGGAAAAAUAUGCUCCAAAUGCUAAAGAAUUAGCAUCAAGAGAUGUAGUAUCUAGGUCAAUGACUAUUGAAAUUAUGGAAGGAAGGGGAUGUGGGCCAGAUAAAGAUCAUGUGUACCUUCAAUUACAUCAUUUACCUGCUGAACAGUUGCAAGCUAGAUUGCCUGGUAUUUCAGAAACUGCUAUGAUCUUUGCUGGAGUAGAUGUUACUAAAGAACCAAUUCCAGUACUUCCAACUGUUCACUAUAACAUGGGAGGUAUUCCAACUAAUUAUAGAGGACAGGUUAUCAAUCCUGAAAAUGGCAAAGACAAAGUUGUUCCUGGAUUAUAUGCUUGUGGUGAAGCUGCUUGUACAUCUGUACAUGGUGCUAAUCGUCUGGGUGCUAACUCACUUCUGGAGUUAGUUGUAUUUGGUCGCUCAUGUGCUUUAGAUAUAGCUAAAUAUAAUAAACCUGGUGACAAAAUUCCUAAAAUCAGUGAAAAUGCUGGAGAAAAAUCUAUAGCUAACAUUGAUAAUUUACGCUUUAAAAAUGGAUCAACACCCACAGCAGAUUUACGUUUAGACAUGCAAAAAACAAUGCAACUCUAUGCUGCAGUUUUUAGAACAGGUAAAACAUUAGAAGAAGGCUGUCUCAAAAUGCAAGAUAUUUAUUCAAAAUUAAAAGAUAUUAAGAUAAACGAUAAAACAUUGGUUUGGAACUCUGACCUAGUUGAAUCAUUAGAACUUCAAAAUCUUAUGAUAACAGCACAACAAACUAUAGUAUCAGCUGCUGCACGCAAAGAAUCACGAGGAGCUCAUGCUAGGGAUGAUUUCAAGGAACGUAUUGAUGAAUAUGAUUACAAAAAACCCUUAGAAGGACAAACAAAGUUAAAAUUAGUAGAUCAUUGGAGAAAACAUUCACUUGCUCAUAUCAAUCCUGAUUCUGGAGAAAUAAAACUUACUUAUAGACCAGUAAUUGAUCAUACACUAGAUGAAAAUGAAGUAAAAUCGGUACCACCAAUGAUUCGAUCAUAUUAGAAUUUUUGACUAAAUUAUUAAGUCUAGUCUGUUAUAAGAAAUUACAUAAAAAAUCAUUGCAUUAGUAUUUAAAACAAAAAAGAAGUGAGAGAGAAGGAAAAGAAUGUGAUAUUCUUAAAGGUGUUAAAUAUUAACAAGUUACUAUAUAAAAUCUUAUUUCAAUGAAUAUCUUUUUUCAUUUUAAUAAUGCGAAUCACAAGUAUUAGUAGUUUAUAAUGAAAUGAUUUACCUAAUUAAAUUUAUUGUUUUAUUGCUAUUGGCAUGUGAAUAAUUAUUUGUUUUGUAUAAUUCAAAAAAAUUUACAAAAAAAAAAGUGUAAAAAUAUAAUUUAACUUAUUUACCAAUAAAUUUUUAAAAUAUUUUCUUAAGUUCA